ACAACAACAACAAUUAAAAGCUGAGUGAGAAUGAAAAACAGGCAAUAUCUUUUUUUCAUUAGACACUGCAUUGUGUUGUGUCACAAAGGCAUUUUCACUUAAGCUUACCAAAAAAUCUUGAAAAACUUGAAUAAAAUACAUUAUGCAGCAAUAAUAAACACGUAAUGUCUUUAGCAUGAGGUACAUUUCUUAAAGACUCUUUGUUGACUGUAUGAGUGUCCCAUUCAUUUUUUAAAUUUUGAAUGCUUUUAAAUAAAAUAUAUCUUAUAUGUUUUAGGUGUAAUACUUGAUCCUCAUGUAAAUGUGAAGAAUCCAAUGGUAAGAAAACCAGUGCACAUGAUGAAACCAAGAGUUGUGACUCUUCAAAAGCCUCUGCAUAACUCCCUGGAGAAAAGACAGCAUGAUUUGCCAAGAAGUGGGACCAACAAAAGUCCAUCAAAGAGUGGCUCUGGCUCUUGUUUAUCUCAUGAUGGAGAACUCUUUGGUGGAAGGCGCCAGGGAGAUGAUAAAACCAGAAAAGAGUUGACAUUGAAGGAGCUGAAUCCUCAAGACAAGAAACGUGUGGCUAACUUGGUUAAAGAACUAGCUAAGGUAGGAGAGGAGCGAGAACAUGCGGAGGAGAGGCUUAAAGCAGAGAGACUGGCAUUUGAAGAACGGCUGGUUAUCCUUCAAGAGGAGUAUGAUGCUGUUAUCAAAGAGAAGAUUUAUUUGCAAAAGAGGUUUCUAGAAUUGCAGUCUCUGCUGGUGAAGUAUCAGACAAAUGGAAAAACACCAUCACCGACAAAGACAGUGAAAAGUUCAUUGGCUGGAGACAGGCUAGCACAGGACACAAGCAUAUUGCUUGUAUCGUCAGUUUCUCCUCCAAAGCCUAUACACAUUUCUCCCUCCAAAUCUGCACUAACAGAGAUUCCAGGAAAUACAAGAUCUGGCUUGGAUGUUCCUUUAAGUGAGAAGCUUGAUGCAUCAGGAUUGCAAGCAAAUGCCUCACAGCCAGUGACAAAUAAAACAUUCCCUUUAAUCAACAGGACCACCACAGAGUAUAAAGAUGUAAAAUCAAAACCUGCACAACUACACAGCAGUAGCUUAACUUUAAGUGAUACAGGAGAAUCUUUUCCGAGAAUUCUGGGACCAUCUCAAGAUGGUAAGCCUGUGGUGAGGACUAGCAGUGGAACCCUCCCUACCGCUAUGCCCAGUAAAGUGAUAUCACCUCAUAGUCAACUUGUGGAAAUUCAACAGACUUCAGUUCAGAAAGAAGGACUUUCUUACAACUCUAAAGAAACAAGCGAGCCAAGUUUAAACACCUCUUCUGCUGUAACAAGUUAUCCACACUUGCCCUCUGUUGUCAACUCACAUCCGGCAGUGCACCCUGGGUUGACUGCUACAUGUCAGUAUCCAGCAGUACAAGCGAAGCCUGUGUUGUCUGUCUUUGGGGAUGGUGCUUCUGAAACCAAGACUGAUUGGAAAGUACCGCCAAGAAAACACGAGGAUAGGUCUUUCUCUGAAGUUUCUGGAGUCUCGGGGAGUUUCUCAGCUGAACUGGACGCUGUGUAUCGACUGUACUGCCGUGAAUAUGAACUCCAAUUACAGCUUCAACAACAGCAAAUUGAACUGCAAAAACAACAGUUACAGCUACAGCAACAACUGCAGCAGGUCGAGACUCUACAACAACAACAACAACAACAACAACAACAACAACAACAACAACAGCAGCAACAGCCGUCAACGCAGAGGCAUCAAUCUAUAAACCAUGUAUCAUCCGCAACUCAGGUCACUCCUGUUGCUACUCGCGAGAAACACCUAACGACAGUUGUAGACGAGACGCCAGCAGCUCCGUCUCUAGUGCCGAGGCCAACGUCACAGCCUCGACAAGUAUCGCCUGCUGGAUCACUGGUUCCAACUCCAGAAGUCUCCUCGUCUGCAACAUCAAACGGCUAUCGUACACCCGAUGUAGGUGAAAAGCAACCACGCAAUCUGUCUACUACUGGAGCAUGCGUAGUGCGUGAAGAUAGAUGUGCUGGAGAUGAAAUGUCCAGUAGCACAGAUCACAGGGACGGAAAUAACAGAAUGCAGCUCGGAAAAGAAAACAAAGAUCCUCAUGUACCAGAUCCCCCGGGCCGAGUGCUAUCUGCUCCUCCAAGUCUCGGUCACCCAAGGUCAAACUUUAAACACCGGCAAGUGCCUCGACCUCAAGACGAGCUACACAUAUCCACUGAUCAUUCUUAUCGCGGGAAAGCAGCCCCUGGGUACGAGGGGCACUCGAUGGACGAUAAUCCGCAAGUCAUUCAACAACACACGGAUGGAAGAGCGAGGGCAGGUUAUCAUGGCAGCCGUCCUGCGAGCUCUAGGUAUUCACUUCAUAGCUGGGGUCAUGACGAGUCCUCUAAUAGAGCACUGAUGGCCUUGAGAGAAAGAAGGCAUAAUCACGACUUAAAUGUUGAUCACGAUACUUUUAGUGGAAAAGAAAGCAAUAGUCUAUUAUAUCCAAGAUCUAAUUAUGACAUGAAGUCUGAACGAUCCAGCCUUGUAGCCGAAAGUUUUCGAUCAGAUAGUCUUCUUAGCGGUGCAAGAAGAACAAAGCCUCAAUCUUUUUACCAUGGGCCUCCCACUUCUCGCUUUCAAGGCACUUUUACGAGACAAGCCGUGCCUAGCGACAAGCACUUUUCCUUGUACAGUGAUGUUGACCGUGAAGCACAGUCACGUGGUCAUCACAUGAUCCCAGAUGUUGAUGACGUCAUGGAUUUCAGUCAUGGAAGCUUGGAGCAAGGCGUAGAAAGAGCAACUCUCGACAGCGCAUAUCCACUGUCACUCGUGGAGAUUGUUGAGGACUUAGAAGACAAGACAACUCAACACGAAGAUUUCCUGUUCACAAAUCCAGGAGUUUUGGGGGGACUGGACACUACAGACUCUGGUUACUCACAGGACACUAACAAAGAGAGGAGUCCGCUGACCAGUGACAUUGUCAACUCAGAUGACGAGGAAGCGGCUGUUCUUGGGGAUAUAUUUUUUCUCGCGGGAAGAGUUUGAACUUAAACAUUCUUUUGUUUUGUAAUAAAGUUUUGUACUUUUAUGAUUAUUUUUUUAUAAUUAUUGCUGAAAAGCCUUGUGUACGGAGCAAUAAUAACUCCUCUCUGAUGUAGAUGUAUCAAGGUGAUGAUUAAGAAAUUUAAAAAAGAAAGUGGAAAAAAUAAUUAUAGUAUAGAGCAAGUAUUGGUGCAAUAUGAUAGGCUAUAGCAGCAUGCUUUAUGGAGGCGUGCUGUAGUGAGUAGUUAUCUUAUCGUUUAGGGAAAAAAAUGAUUGUUUGUUUGUAUAGCACAAACGAGUAGAAAUUUCACUCUUCAGCUUUGCUUUGUUUCCCGUGUGACAAUGGAUAUACUAUAGAUUUAGAUAUGAAAUCAACAUUCCGUAAAGCCACAUUAGGCCAUUUUGAACGCUGAUCGCUGCAAAUUUGAUCACUAAUCCUCUUUCGCCCCAAACACACAUAAAUAGCGGCUGGUUACUAGUCAGAAGCGUGCAUUGUGCCCAGCCUCGUUAAUAUGCUGGACACGGCAAGGAUGAGGCUUGAUUCUCAUCGUGCACGCCAUCUUUGAUAACCAUGGGGAUGAUUCUGCCUUGAAAAUUGCCGCUAAUUGCGAAAAUUAGGCUAACAAGUAGAAUAGAAAUGGAAUGGAAAUGUAGUGCCUCGAAAAAUGCUUUUCAUGGUGCAUUUGUUAAAAUGAUAAGUAUUGAAGGUUGUUCAAAAAUUGGCCCCCUUUGGCCGCUUUUUAUGGCCUUACGCUACAUGUAAAUGAGACAAAAAAUGUUUUAUCACUGUAAAAUGCCUAUGAUAUCGUUACAAAUUCCUAUCUCAGAAGCGUGUGAGAAACGGAAAACGCGUACGUCUAAAACAGGGUUUAAUUCAAAACAAUCUCAGUUAUUUUUCCGCGCAGGUCGGUCCGAUAUACAGGUGUAAACUGUGCUCUGCGGCCACGGACUUUACUCAGGACCUCCAGGACAGUUUCUCCCCAUAGGAACCUCACGGCCGGCAAAUGACAAACCUGAAAUGAAUAAGAUUGUCCUGCAAAAGCGGAAACGCAAACGCAACAUUAACUAAGGGUGUCAUGCCAGUAGUCACAUUUUCUCGUAACUUGAUCAAAGUUCGUGGAGUUUUAGCUUGAUGGAAGGAAAACCCACUAUAACAAAUAAAGUACGAUGAUGAUGAUGAUGAUGAUGAUGAACACGAAAACCCGUAUUUAAUGUUUUCCUCUUCUAUCGCGGGGAAGCACCUUGAACUUCAAUCAACUAACGAAAGAAAACCUUAAUAAAUAACUUUCGGCGCUAACGUUAACGCGUACGCUUCUGCAAUUUUGUGGGACAACCUUUCUCGAAUCAGCUGUAUAUGUUUUAUCUCCAAUAGAUAAAAACUUAAUAAACGUCUUAUAAACCUAAA